UUCUCCAGCACCACAGUUUGAAAGCAGCAAUUCUUCAGCACUCAGCCUUCUUUAUGGUCCAACUCUCACGACCGUAAAUGACUACUGGAAAGACCAUAGGCCACUGGCACCUCUGUAAAUAAGCAUUCCUUUGUCAAAGGACCUCUGGGUCAGGCUGACUGUUUUCCUGUAGAGAUCCUGACGAUAAUAGCUGUCCCAGAUGGGGACCCAGAAAAAAUGGAUAGUGGAUGGGAAGAGGGCCAAAGUAACAUGGAUGGCAUAGGACUAUUUGAUCCUUGGGAGAAAGUCCAGACCUCAGGGGGGCUUCCAGUGAAGCUAGGGAGAGAAGGCAGAUCACCAGCUACCUUAGGGCCCAGAGCUUUUCUGGGGUGGCAUCUGCAUGCCUGGAGACAGUGGUCUCACUGUCUGGGUCCUGGCUCCUGCCUUGUGUCUCCUGCUGGGAGAAUGUGUGGACUCCCAGAGGUAGGGGGUGGGGUGAAGGGACCCUGCGCUCACAGCCCCCUCUUCUCCUGCACUCCAGAAGCAGAAGCCUCUCUAGCCGCUACCUCUACAUCGGCCUCUCAGGAUUCCCGCCUGUCCUGAUGGUGGGGACAUGUCCCUUCUCCCCCGACUCCAUGGCUCUGAAUCCCAGGCUCCCCCUUCCAGUCUGGAGAACUCCCCUCUCUUCCCCUUACAUCUCCCUCUUUCCCGCCUCCUGCCCAUCUGCCCUGAGAAGGUUUUUAACUCUUUCCCAUUUAAAAAAGAAAUCAAAACCACCCCAAGCCCCAGUCUCGCUCCACCUCUGCCCUAUUUCUCCUUGUGCCUGCACAGUCAACCUUCUUGCCAGACUCCUCCUCCGCUUCCACCCCGUGCCGUGGCAUUCAAGCCUAGGCUGUGUUGCAAUCAGCAGAAGUCACCUGCUCCUGAAACCAGUGGAUUAUUUCCACCUAAGUUAGGCCCGAUUCAAAGUUCUCCCUGUGCAAAUAUCAUCGCCUUCCCUUGCCUGUGGUUUUCCACCUCUUGUACUCUGUGAUCCAGCCGGCUUGUACUGUGUGGGCUCCUCCAGGGUGCCACGCACCCUCCUGGCAUAUGCUGUUCCUUUUGCUUGUACUGCUUAUACUCCAUUCCUCCUCCUUCCUCUUUGCUGGGGGUGUCUGCUUAGAUGUCCCUGCCUCAGAGAAGACUUUCCUGAUGCCUACCCGCAGGUUCAGAUAUAAAGAUGAGUGGGGACGUAGCAGAUUCUACAGAUGCUCGAAGUGCUCUCAGCCAGGUGGAGACAGGAAAUGAUCGAAAUGGCUUAGAUUUCAACAGGCAGAUUAAAACUGAGGACCUCAGCGACUCCCUGCAGCAGACUCUCUCUCAUCGACCAUGCCACCUGAGUCAAGGACCUGCCAUGAUGCCCGGAAAUCAAAUGUCUGGGGACAUGGCCUCCCUCCACCCACUCCAGCAGCUCGUGCUGGUUCCCGGACACCUACAGUCUGUUUCCCAGUUCCUGCUAUCUCAGAGCCAGCCUGGGCAACAAGGUCUGCAGCCAAAUCUUCUCCCCUUUCCGCAACAACAGAGCUCGCUCCUCCUCCCGCAGACGGGGCCUGGCCUCACAGCCCAGGCAGUUGGGCGCCCUGGGCUACCAGGAUCUUCUUUAGAACCCCAUCUGGAAGCAUCUCAGCAUCUCCCUGUGCCCAAGCAUCUCCCCAGUGCUGGAGGAGCUGACGAGCCCAGUGACCUAGAGGAGCUGGAGAAGUUUGCCAAGACCUUCAAGCAGAGGCGCAUUAAGCUGGGCUUCACACAGGGAGAUGUGGGUCUGGCCAUGGGAAAGCUGUAUGGUAACGACUUCAGCCAGACAACUAUCUCACGAUUUGAGGCCCUCAAUCUGAGCUUCAAGAACAUGUGCAAGCUCAAGCCGCUGCUGGAGAAGUGGCUGAACGAUGCAGAAUCCUCCCCGUCGGACCCCUCCAUGAGCACCCCCAACUCUUACCCCACCCUCAGCGAGGUGUUCGGGAGGAAGAGGAAGAAGCGGACCAGCAUUGAGACCAACAUCCGUCUGACUCUGGAGAAGAGAUUUCAAGAUAACCCCAAACCCAGCUCUGAGGAGAUCUCCAUGAUUGCAGAGCAGUUGUCCAUGGAGAAGGAGGUGGUGAGGGUCUGGUUCUGCAACCGACGACAAAAGGAGAAGCGAAUCAACUGCCCUGUGGCCACACCCAUCAAAUCACCCAUGUACAGUUCCCGGCUGGUUUCUCCCUCUGGAUCUCUGGGCCCCCUAUCUGUCCCUCCAGUCCACAGCACCAUGUCUGGAACAGUAACGUCAUCCUGUUCCCCUGGGAACAACAGCAGGCCAUCUUCUCCAGGCUCAGGACUCCAGGCCAGCAGCCCCACUGCAUCUCAAAAUAACUCCAAAGCGGCCGUGAACUCCUCCUCCAGUUUUAACUCUUCAGGAUCUUGGUAUCGAUGGAGUCAUCCCACCUACCUCCACUGAGACCAAAAAGUUUCUCCUCUGCCACCUGGCCCUGUAUUCCCCACCAGAAGGAAGGGAAUCAUGCCUUCUCUGUAUGGACAGAUUACUUUCAGGAGAGAGAGUGGAAGAGGACGAACCCAAACUCUUGUCUUCUUCGGACCAAGGGCCUCCAGAGAUCCAAACUGUGAUUGAACCGUGUGCUGACUCCUAGAGCUCUUGAAACGCACAUCCCUCCUAGGACCUGGUCAUUUCUACCUUCCUUGCCUGCGCCCUUCUCUAAAUAUUUCAGACAGUUUCCCUACUGCAGUGGCCUUUGAAAAAGGACUUCUUAUUAUUCUCCAGCUCGUCUCCAGUUCAUUCUGGGCACAGCCAUUCACCUAGUGCCAAACUACCAGAGGGGAGAGAACGGGUUUCGACUCUGAACUUAGCCACAGUCCGAGAACUGAUUCUAGAAUCUGUGAAAAGAUUUGAAUCUGAUGUCUCUACCAAAGCUUUGAUGUUUUUUCUGUUCAGCAAACUUUUCAUUUCCCCCCACUUUCUCUUUAGCCUCGUCCCCUUUUCUAGAACCAAAUCCAUUCAUAAUCGUGUUAUCCAAAUUCCCUCCUCUUUACUCAGUCCCCUGGCACAUUUCCCUGCCCACAGGUGCUCUUCUGUCUGCUUUGUCUGCCCCAGAGUUCAGGAACACUUGUUUCUUCUCUCCUUCCCUGUGUUUCUCCUUCUCUCGCCUGUCUCCUGUUGCAGAAGGAGGAACACGAAAGCAAACACACAACAAUUAUGCUGGCAACAUACCUGUAUAUAGCCCUUUCCUUUUUUUGCAUUAUGUUCUUCUCUCCUUAAUGUGGAAUU